AUGUGCAAGCUGAGCGAAGAGAGGCCCGACUCGCCACUCGCCAAGCCGUGGCCCGACCCGGCCGUCAUCGACCGAGUCCUCUUCAGCCGCGUCGAGAUUGCGGCGGCCUGCCAGCGUCUGGCCGGGCAGAUCAACGCCCUCUAUGCUGGCGUGACCGAGGGCACCUUCACGGUGGUCGGCCUCCUCACCGGCUGCUUCAUGUUCUACAGCGACCUCGUGCGCAAUCUGACGGUGCCUCACACUGCCGACUUCAUCGCGUGCUCAAGCUACGGGUUGGACACAGUCUCGGCGGGCAACGUGCAGAUCAAAAAGGACACCAACACGUCGCUCGCGGGCAAGCACGUGCUGCUGGUGGACGAGAUGUGCGACAGCGGCCAGACCAUGGCGAGCCUGGUCCAGCUCAUGCGCGACCGCGGCGCCCUCUCCGUGCGCUCCUGCGUCAUGUUUGACAAGCCUGCACGCCGCGCCUCCGACCUCUCGCCCGACCUGGUCGGCCUCGUCUGCCCCGACGAGUUUGUGGUUGGCUACGGCAUGGACUGGGCGAACCGCUUCCGAUCGCUGCCCGACGUGUGCGUCGUGCGGCGAGAGGCGUACGCGGGCAAGUAGCGAGCACUCGGCACAGGCGCGGAGCAUGACGUACGAUACGCCGCCGGUUUAGUUGUUCUCCUCCCUCGCCUGCACUCGUCCGCGGAGCACUCGUCGAUAUCCAUGCGAAUGUGCGAUUUCGGGCUGGUGGGCUGAACGCAGGCCCUGCUGCGACGCGACUGGCAAAGUGGCAUAUGUUGCUGGCAUGUUGUUGUCCAAUGCUUUGACCUUUUGGGUAUAUUCGG